CAUUUCCUGGGGGCUGAGCUCGCGUCGGUGCCUCUUUUCUCCUCUUCUCGCCUUUUUCUCAGGACGCAGCGAGGUAUCGAGGAGCUGGGAUGAAGCCCUCCUUCGCUCUCCUGCUCCUGAUCUUAGGAGCUGUGACAAACGUCCAACCGGAGCAAGAAAAAGCGUCCCUGCUCUACCCCUACGGUCCGGACCAGCGUGACCAUAAGAACCCCAAACUUGAUGACGGGACGUCAAAGGAGCUCUCCCUCGCCGUGCCCUUCACCUUCUACGGCAAAGAGCACCGCAGCCUUUACGUGAACAACAACGGCGUGAUUUCCUUCGGCACCCGCGUCAGCCAAUACACCCCCGACCCCUUCCCAUUGGCUGACGGACGCCCCUUCGUGGCCCCGUACUGGGCGGACGUGGACAACGUGCUGGGAGGGGAUGUCUUCUACCGAGAGACCACCGACCCGACGCUGCUGGCGCGCGUCACCAAGGACAUCAACCAAUACUUUCCCGCGAUCCCCUUCACCGCCACGUGGGCUUUCGUGGCCACCUGGGACCACGUGGCCUACUACGGUUCUACCACCAAUAAGGGCAACACCUUCCAAGCCCUCCUGACCACCGACACCAAAACGUCCUUCAUCAUCCUCAACUACCGCGAUAUCCAGUGGACCACGGGGGCGGCGAGCGACGGCGACGCCGAAACGGGGCUCGGGGGAACGCCGGCCCACGCCGGCUUCAACAGCGGAGACGAAUCCCACUUCUACAACAUUCCCGGCUCCCAAACCGCCGCCAUCCUCAACAUCACCCACACCUCCAACGUCGACGUUCCCGGCCGUUGGGUCUUCCAGGUGGAUGACUUCAAGGUGAUAGGCGUGUCCCCCGAUGUCCCCAAGGUCCCCGACGGCAACAGCUGCUGGUUAUAAGGCACGGAUCAAUCACGGCGGCCGAGGCAGAGGGAC